GCACGGGCAGCAGGCGGGCGGCCAUGGCGGCACCAAGGGCAGCGCUCGGGCCCGCGCCGCGAGGGCCGCCGGGAGCACCUCACGUGACCGGAAGAGAGAGCGGCACUUCCGCCUCGGCCGUUGCCAUGGCAGCGAGGUCACGUGGGCGGGAGGCCGAGCCAGCCGCCAUUUGGGGGGCAGCAGGAGCUCAGCGCGGAGCUGUGGGAGCUGACUGGGAGAGGCGUCCUCCUCAGCACCAGGCUGUCUCAGUCCCACAAAGGCCGCGCUCCCCUCUGCAGCCCGAGCAGCUUCAGGACCCCGCCUCGUUCCCUUUCUGCAGAACGUGGAGGAUGAUGAGGCCCUAUGGAAAAGCGCUUUGUGCCGCAGGGAGCCUGGCUGCGCUCCUCGCGUUCUUCUGGACAGACACCUUCCAGCCAGGGAGCCUUUCCGGGGCCCGCGUCCUCCUGACCGGAGCCAGUGCUGGGAUUGGGGAGCAGAUGGCGUACCACUACGCCGCGUUCGGGGCCGAAAUUGUUCUGACCGCCAGGAGGGAAGCUGUGCUGCAGAAGGUGAUGGAGAAAUGCCUGACCCUCGGAGCAAAGAAAGUCUUUUAUAUUCCGGCUGAUAUGUCUUCCCCUUCAGAGCCUGACAAGGUGGUUCACUUUGCUGUCCAAAAGCUGGGAGGACUGGACUACGUGGUGCUGAACCACAUCGGCGUUUCCCCUUUCCAGAUGUGGAGCGGAGAUGUGGAGCACACCCGCUGGCUCAUGCAGGUGAAUUUCUUUAGUUACGUGGCGCUCGCAACAGCAGCUCUGCCCGCCCUGGAGAAGAGCGGUGGCUCCGUGGUGGUGGUUUCUUCCCUCACAGGGAAGGUCCCCACUCCCUUCACCACUUCGUACUCCGCCACCAAGUUUGCGCUGGACGGGUUCUUCAGCUCGCUGCGCCACGAGCUCACAAUGCAGAACAGCAACGUCUCCAUCACGCUCUGCAUCCUGGGCCUGAUCGACACGGACACGGCGCUGGAGAAAACCAGGGGCAAGGUGCACAUCUCCCCUUCUCCGGCGCCAGAAGCGGCGCUCGCCAUCAUCCGCGGCGGUGCCGCCCGCCUGCACGAGGUGUUCUACCCGCGGUGGCUGUGGCACGUGCACGGCCUCUGGGUGCUGCUCCCCAGCCCCCGCGUGCUGCAGAGCUUCUACAAUUACAGCGGCCCCUGACGGAGCGCCCCGCACGGCGCGCGGUGCCACGCGGUUCGCUCGGGGCCGGGACGACUCGCGCUGCGCUGCGCCCAUCGCCCCUUCCCCGUCCGUCUCCGUCCCCACCCCCGGCCGCCCCCGCGCUCCGCCCCGGGGGGGUCAGCCGCGUCUCGCGUUCUCUGCCCGGGGCCGGGCCUGCAGGGAGCGAAGCCGGCUGCCCGCCAGCUGCUGCCUCGGGCCGAGCCCCGUGGGGACGGGCGCGCGCGGGGCGGCACCGCGCGUAACCGGCACGGGGACGGCGGCGGAAGCGCCCGCGCCGGAAACUGCCGCUGCGGGACCGCGCCACGCCCCGCCCCUCGGGCUGCAGCGGAUUGGCUGGCACUCGAGGGAUAUGGAAAUCGCGCGGCGUUGCGGGCUUUCCCAUUGGCUCCCGGUCCACUCUAGCACCGCCCCUAAUGGCGAAAAGCCCACCCCGCUUCUUUGAUUGGCCGUAGGCCGUGCCUCGCUCCUCCUCGUGGGCGGAGCCAGCGUGCUGCUGGCUGCCCAUUGGCGGAGCGGCUCGGGGGGGCGGGGCGCGCCGGUUCCGCUCCGUUUCCCCGCAGCAGCGCGGGGCUGCAGCCGCAGAACGGGCCGGGCCCGGCGGCCGCCUCCGAACGCAGCGGGGAGCCGGGUCACUUAGGAAGUAAAAGUUUUAUUAAAUAAAUUUCAGACUUUUUAGACCA